AUGUGCAGAAAACGAAAUAAAGGCUAUUGCUCUACUUCGCCUGGAUGUACUGUUCUUCGAAAAAUUCCAGCUGAAGAUGUUUUGCAAGUUACUGCUGGGCAUAAUUAUGUUGCAUUCUUACUCAAGGAUCAUCGAGUCGCUCGUCUUCGUUAUGAGAUUGAUGCCAACACUAUUGAAUCUGCUGCCCCAACAGACAAAAAUGAAUCCGGUCAGCGCAAGCCGAGAACGAACAACGACAAUCAUCAACAACUGCUUAACCCGUAUCCGGUUCUGGUUCAACCCCAGCAAAUAAUAAUUCUGAUUUUGCUGGAAAAGAAAGUCGAUGGUGCUUAUUGUGGAAUUGUUUUCAAAUCUACAAUGGAAAAGCUUGAAUCUGAACCAUCUACAGAUUUAAGCAAAAUGGGCAUUAGACUCAUGCGCAAAGAUGAUUUAGUUCUAGUUUCUUCCUCAUCGCGUGGUUCAAGAUCUCCAGAAAAUUUUCAAAUGCACUUCAAACAAAUUCGUCUACCAUCCUCUGUUAAACAAGUUUUAUCUGUUGCAGUUGAUUUGACAGGAUUUCAUGUUUUAUGUGAAAAACAGUCACGUGUUCAUUUGCUUCGGAUUAGUUGUGUUGGUAAACUUUUGAGCGAUCAUCCUAUCCCAUUCAAUUUUGGAGCUUUAACACAAAAUAAAAAAGAUGAUUCUUAUGAGUGUAUGACUACAGUUCAAAAGUUUGGUGAUGAAACAAUUUUACUGUUGAAUGAUGGCUUUGGUGGAGGCUUUCAACCACUUUUACGGAACAUAUCUGGUGGAUACAAGCAAUUAUCUUAUACUGGUUUAGGCCGAAUUCUUCAAUAUGGAAUGGGUAUAAGAUAUUUUGCAUCAUCUGGUGAGAUUAAGAGUGCUAGUAUAUGUUCAGAACAAAUUAGCAUUGACAAGAAGAACAACAGCUUGAAUAAAAACGCCAAUCGAACUCUUUUGAUGGUUGCGUUAGUUUCUCCAAGCCCUGAAUGUGCACUUUCUGAUUUUGGUUCACUUAUGCAGGCUAUUUUUUUCUGGCAGCCUGCUAUCGUUUGUGAACAAAUCGAAGGAAAUCGAAAUAUUUUUCAUGUUGCCGUUCAAAAUGCUUACAGCAAAACAAAUGCCGACCAAGCUGAUGUUGAUGCUACUGAUUCACGUUUAUCAACAGCCUCGCAAAAAUCUGACACUGUUGAGGCGGAUGCUGUUAAAACACGUUAUGAACGCAAAUGGCAAGAAAUGUUAAGUUCCGCUCCAACAACAAGAGCAAAAGCACAUCAACAGCAGCAACUCCUAAACGAACUAACUUCUGAAAUUUCUAAAAAAGGUUUUUUAAAUAUUUUAGAUAACUUCGUAACUCUUAUUUUUAUGUUAGAUUCUUCCCCUGAAACAGGCAAAAAUGAAUCGGAAAGUGCUGAGUCAUCUGAUCUUAUCAAUAAAAGGAUUCCUAUAGCUGCCAAGGAAAGACAAGCUAAUUUAAUUGAAAUAAUUCGUGAAUUAUGCAAAAACGCCGUAGUACGUGAAUACUUUAUUGAUUUAAUGCGACAACGUGACAUCAAUGGGCAUAGUCCAUUUGAAACUGCGAUAUAUCAACGUGCAUAUUCAGCUGCCCAAUUGAUGUGGCAAACUGCAAUUGAUGUUAAGGACUGGAGCCAAGGUUAUUUUUUCUAG